UCACAACGAACGUAAACUUCCUUUUUGGCAACGGAAACUACCUGCAAACGUCAAAUGCCGGCGAGGAAAGUAGUUACACAUUAAGUUUUAUUUAGCAAACUGCCUAUUAGUCUCUCGAUGAUGACUGAAUGGAAUUUUCUCUGAUCACCAAAGGAGGUGUGUCUGAAAAUUUACCGUUCGAAUUUCCUCGAAGAUGCUGAGUAGAAGCAGCAUAGAUGAAGCAAACCGGCAUCUUUAUGCCAUGCACCAACAAAUUAUUUCUUUGGAAGAAAUGGUUCAGCAGCAGAACCAGGCAUUACUGGACCGUGACCAGCAGAUAGCCCUUCUAGAGAAAAACAAAAAUCAGGAAAUACAGACUUUAAAGAACCAGGUGCAUCGUCUUGAAGAGGAAGUUGAGGUGAGGGACACAAACAUUGAGAGCCUGAAGGAGGGCGUGGACCAGCUACAGUCAGUGCUACAGUUCUUGCCCUGUGUAAGGGGACUCCUCAAGGAGAUGGAGCAUUCAGCCGGAAAAACCCAACAGGAGAAAUCACUGACCAAUCACACAGACAAUCACAUGGACGAAGUGACGGUGAAUCACAGCGGUGGGGAAUCCCCAGGGAACACGGAUAUGUCAAAUACGUCCAAUGACAAAGAGUUUUACUUCUGACAGUAUUUCAACAUAAGUAGACCAAAUACGCCCAUUAACAACGCAAUCCAUUUGUAAACAUGAGCGGCUUCUGUGUGAUAUCUGUUGAGAUAUCUGAUCAGUAGUCAACUGUGUAACAUCAGUAGUCAACAUAUAACAUCAGUAGUCAAUUGUGUAACAUCAGUAGUCAACAUAUUACAUCAGUAGUCAACUGUAUAACAUCAAUAGUCAACUGUAUAACAUCAGUAGUCAACUGAAUAACAUCAAUAGUCAACGGUAUAACAUCAAUAGUCAACCAUGUUACAUCAGUAGUCAACUGUUGUGAUACAUGUACCAGUAUUCAACUGUUACAACACUAGAUAUUUCAUAAUUUCCAUUUAUCCAACACAAUAACACAACUGAAUGCAAUAUUUAUUUUUUGAUUUAAUAUUAUUUGUUGUUAUGUUAUACUUUAGGUAGUUUAUUGAUGUUAUCAGCUAGUGUAUGUCUUUUAUGGGCGAAUGUACUUGAGAGUAAAUUGAUGCUGACUGUGCAGCUGAUAUACAGUACAUUAAUACUGCUGACUAGAUUUUGCAGCUCUGCCCUUGGCACUUUUUAUAUUUCAGAUUCUCAUUUUACCAUAUAUAUUACAUAUAGUAUUAAAUGAAUCAUUUAUAAUAAUUGAAAUGGGAAACCAAUACAAGUCUCACAGCACCUUUGAUUUCAAAUUUUUCUACCAUUUUCAGGUUUUGUAAAUUGUAAAUGAGAAACUACAAAUGAAAUAUUGUAAUACAUGUACAUAUUGUAUUGAAGAGAAGGAGAAAGAUACAAAGCAAGUAUUUCUGAUUAGUAUGUAUAAACAAGAUAAAAAAAAUAAGGAAGGAAUGUUAAUCUGAAUUUCUGCAACAAAAUAUCCAAGUCAUAUUAUUUAAGUCACAUCUCUUAGUUAUCUUCCUUAAUUUAACACAUUUAUCAUACUUCACUCAGAAAAAUUCGUAGGAUCAAAAACAUUUUUUAUGGAUCGAGAUUUAUGAUGGGAAAUGUUGUUAGGCAUGUAUUGAAACCUAAUGAACUAGAGGAGGCUUUUUAAAUGAGAAUUUUUUUUCUACUUUGGAAUGAACAUUGUCUGAACCCUGAGGUAUUUAUAAAUAUCAAGUAAUUAAGCAAAACAUAAUUCGAGAAUAUCUUGGGACAGUGUAUACAAUCAUAUUGUAAGCACUCAGUCGAGAGCAGUUUGAGAUUUUUAGUGGACUGAAUGUACACAUUUAGGCUGUGAACCUUUUUUGUUCCAAUGUUUGAAGUUGUAACAAAGUCCUGAUGAGUCUGAGUGGAAAUGUUCAUCAUUCUGUACUGAUCUUAUCAAUUUAAUGUAUAACUGAUCGUGUAAUAUGACUAAAGAAUGAAUCUCAAUGGAGGUAUUUUUUGCUCUUUAUUUUUCUUGUUGUGACAUUUUUAUUAAUGCUGUGAUGACCUCAGACACAUUCCAUUGUUUACAUAUACUGUAAAUGUAUAACAUUUGGCUGUGUAUUCUUUUUAGAGUUUUUUUUACAGAAACUGACACCCGCUAAAUCAAGUACAUGGCCCAAUGCCAAAUACAUGUAUAUAUGUUGAUAAAUAGGUGUAUUCAGAAAUCCAUGCCAACUUCUGAAAAAAUCAUUUUCCACCAAACAUCUUGCACACCAAAUAUAAUACAUUUACAGUACAUUGUAUACAUACAAAUAUACAUUGUACACGUAUAAAUUUACAUUGCCUAAUUAUGAAUAUACAAUAUUAUAUUAUUUUAUAUAUAAAAAUAAUCCAGAUUACAUUGUAGGCAUACAAAUAUACAUAUACAUUGUAUAUGUAUAAAUGUACAUUGCAUAUUAAUUAUAAAUAUACAUUAUAAAAUUAAUCCAUAGUGAAAACCUCUAUUUAUCUUAAUAUUUAUUCAUUUAAUGAAAUUAUUUAUCUAUAUAUUUGACUGUAAACAUGUACAUUUAUUUAUCAAAUAGCCAAUGUUCAGGCUAAUAAUAAUCAUGAAAGCAGUCUACAAGUUUGUUCACUUUAUAUAUUUAUCGUUUAUUUAAUAGACUAUCUGCUUUUACAAUGUAUAAAAUCGGUCAUUAAUGGAAGUCAGCAUGAAUUUGGUGUAUAAUAGGACAACACGUGGUUAGGUGACAGAUAAAUGUCGGGAGGCAUCUUAACUCUCUGUUUGUUGUUCUUUAGAGAAUUCGGAAUAUACAUUAAUUUAUUAUAAUCCUUUUAUUGUUUUGUUAUACAUUAUAAAUAAAUACUGUUUUAAUAUUAAAAUUUUUAUUCAAAAUGUCA